AUGGUCAUGGAAAUGUCCAAGACCUAUCAGUACCGCAAAGUGAUGAAGCCGUUGCUGGAGCGCAAGCGACGCGCGCGCAUCAACAAGUGUCUGGACGAUCUCAAGGAUCUCAUGGUCGAGUGUCUGCAGCAAGAGGGCGAGCAUGUGACGCGCCUGGAGAAGGCGGACAUACUCGAAUUGACGGUGGACCACAUGCGCAAGUUGAAGCAGCGCGGUGGCUUGUCCUUGCAGGCCGUCGGCGGUGGCUCUGGAGCCACCAGUGCUGCCCAUGUCGAGUCCUUUCGCUCCGGCUAUGUGCACGCCGCCGAUCAGAUUACACAAGUGCUGCUGCAGACGCAACAAACCGAUGAAAUCGGACGCAAGAUUAUGAAGUUUCUGUCAACACGUCUCAUAGAGUUGCAAACUCAACUGUUGACCCAGCAGCAACAACAACAGCAGCAGCAGCAGCAAUCUGCCGUCGGUUAUGCAACAGGACGCUUGCCUUUCCCUCUGCUUAGCGGCUAUGGCGUCGCUGCUGCCGCCAACUACGGCGCCUAUUUGGUGGGCAAGGACGAACUCAUCGAUGUCACCUCAGUGGAUGGGACCGCGCUGUCCGAAACGGCAUCCGUCAGCUCGCAAGAGUCCGGCGCUUCGGAGCCUGUCUGGCGGCCCUGGUGAGGCCCCACUGGCAGACUCGACUACAUCUCUAGCUUCUAGCAAGUAUCUUAAGUAUUCAAAAUGGCUAUUAAAAGUUGCAGGAGCCAAAGCCACAGCAACAAAAGUAACAGCAACA